UUUUUAUAUAAUUAAACUAAUAUUUUUUAAGAAUAUACUAGUAAUGAAUGAUGACGACAUUGAAACUUUUAAUUCAAGUUCAAUAAAUGAGUCUAUGGAAGCUAAGCGUGCAAAUUGUCGAAAACGUUUACGGACUUUAGAAAAUGAAAAUGAAAAGAGUGAGCUUGCCAAAAAGGUACUCAAAUCCCAAUUGGAGUUGGAAUACUCACUAAUUGAAAAUUUAAAAGAAGUUGACAAAAAUUCCAAAUUAUCUGAACAAAUGGAGAAAUUAAAAAAUUGUGAAAAGACGAAAAUUAAAGAAGAAUCUGAAUUAAAUAAAAUUAAAGAAGAUUAUAAAAAAUUAAAUAAUAAUUUGGAAAAUAUCAAAAAGGUAAUUGCUCAAAUGAAAAGUGAAAAGUUAAAUUUGGAAAAUGACUUUAAUGAAGAAAUUGAAACAGUUCAAAGAAAGGCAACUGAUCAACUUAAAAAGGCACUAAUUUAUAAUUUUUAA